AAAAAAAAAAAAAAAAAAAAACUUAAUAACCAUGACCAAGCUUGCAUCGGUCUACAAAACCGACUAUGUUCAGUCACUCGACCAACAUUCUCAAACCAACCUCAACUCAUCCUGGGUCAACGACAAAGGUGCUUGGUUAACCAACAUUAUCCUGAUUGUCUUUCUCAAGUUCAUCUUCAACAUCAUCCCAGGCAUCUCACCUGAACUGAGCUGGACCCUCACCAACCUCACCUACAACAUUGGAAGCUAUAUUAUGUUCCAUGCAGUAACAGGCGUGCCAUUCGAGAUCUUCACUCAAGGAGCAUAUGAUGGAAUUACUCUGUGGGAACAGAUCGAUGGAGGUGUUCAGUUCACGGCAACGAGAAAGUAUUUAACCACGGUGCCCAUCGUUUUGUUCUUGCUCAGCACCCAUUACACUCACUAUGCACCCUUCGCUUUCUUUGUUAAUCUGGUGGCCACUGUGAUUAAUCUGAUUGCAAAACUCCCAUCUAUGCACCAAGUUCGUCUCUUUGAAAUCAAUCAGAAGGUCGAAGGAACUACCGACUAAAGAAGCGACUCAGUGAAGGCUAAGGAGAAGGUUGUGAUCGAACAGGGC